GUGGGCCGCCAGUGCGCUAAAAGAAGAACACGGUUUUGUGUUAGUAAACCGGGAGGCCCACGCCCAGGGUCACUCGCACAGCCGCACGCACGCGCAGUCACCUCAGUUGUGUCAAACAUGGCUGUGCUUUUGAGGAGAGAAAAAUGCUGAAUUGUCUCGGUAGAUUUCGUAAAAAGAACCAAACAUGGCGAGGCUGGCUGAUUAUUUGAUUGUCGUGGGAUACGAUCACGAAAAAGCUGGGUCAGGAGAAGGAUGCGGGAAGAUUAUCCAGCGAUUUCCGGAAAAGGACUGGGAUGGCACGCCGUUCCCGCAGGGUGUGGAGAUGUUCUGCCAGCCUGGAGGGUGGAAGCUAUCUCGAGAGAGGAAGCAGCCCUCCUUCUUCACCGUGGUGCUGACCGACAUCGACUCUGACCGCCACUACUGCUCCUGCCUCACCUUUUAUGAAGCAGAGAUCAACCUGCAGGGAUCAAAGAGUGUGGAGAUGGAUGGAGAGGAAGAGGAGGAUGAAGAAGAGAGUGGAUUAAUUCAGCCAGCUGAAGUUUUCACUCCCAAAAGUCUUGUUCUGGUGUCGCGGCUGGAUUUCCCAGAAAUCUUCCGGGGCUGCCUGGGCCUGAUCUACACCGUCUACAUUGACAGUCUGAGUUUCCCGCUGGAGGGUCUGGUGGCCAGCCUCUUCACGUGCCUGGUGCCACUGGCUGGGGGGUCCCAGAAGCUGUUUUCUUUGGGAGCUGGAGACCGGCAGCUGAUCCAGACCCCUCUGAACAACAAUCUGCCCGUCACAGGGAAGAGUGUAGCUCUGCUCUUUCAGCAGCUUGGGAUCCAGAACGUGCUGAGUUUGUUCUGCGCAGUUCUGACGGAGCAUAAGGUUCUGUUCCACUCCAUCAGCUACCAGCGCCUGGGGGAUGCCUGCCGUGCUCUGGAGGCCCUCAUGUUCCCUCUCAAAUACAGUUACCCCUACAUUCCUGUCCUGCCGUCCCAACUGCUGGAAGUUCUGAGUUCCCCCACACCAUUCAUUAUUGGAGUACACUCUAUGUUCCAAAGUGAAAUAUUGGACCUGCUAGACGUCAUCAUUGCUGAUUUGGACGGAGGAACCAUAAAGAUCCCAGAGUGCAUCCACCUGUCCCAUCUCCCUGAGCCACUGUUGCACCAGACCCAGACAUUGCUGUCCAUGGUCUUACAUCCAGACUUAGAAAUUGCAGACAAUGCUUUUCCACCCCCUCGCACAGCCUCAUCCAACGUCAAACUGCUGGAUAAGGAGGUGCGGUCAGUUUUCCUGCGGCUGUUCGCUCAGCUUUUCCAGGGCUACCGAUCCUGCCUGCAGCUAAUCCGCAUCCACUCUGAGCCGGUCAUACACUUCCACAAGACAGCUUUCCUGGGCCAGCGAGGUCUGAUUGAGAAUGACUUCCUCACCAAGGUGCUCGAGGGCAUGGCAUUUGCUGGCUUCAUCUCAGAACGAGGCCCACCCUACAGGGCCUGUGAUCUCUUUGACGAGUUAGUGUCCUUUGAUAUGGAGCAGUUUAAGCAGGAAGAGGAAGACCCAGUCAAGCUGCAGAAGUGCAUUCGCGAGGUCUCUGAGCAGCUUUAUAAAAACGAGAACCCCAACCCCCACAUGGCAUUCCAGAAAGUUCCCCGGCCGACGGAGGGGUCUCACCUGCGGGUGCAUGUCAUGCCCUUCCCCCUGCUAGAUGCAGGGCUUGUGGAGAGCCUGCUGCAGGAGGGCUUAGCCAAGCACCACACCCCCAGCACCUCCGCCCGGCCCGAGAAGAAGUGUGUGGUUCCUGACGGGCCACCCGUAGUGUCAAUCAUGGGGAAGAUGAGCUCAGUGUUCAACAGCGCGCGGAGGCUGGAGGUGGUGCGGAGCUGCAUUGAGUUCAUCUUUGAAAGCAAGACCCUGGAGACCGAGAAGACGCUCCCCGCCGCUCUCCGAGCUCUGAAAGGGAAGGCAGCAAGGCAGUGUCUGACAGAGGAGCUCAGUCAGCAUGUGCAGCAGAAUCGAGCUAUUCUGGACCACCAGCAGUUCGACUACAUCGUCCGCAUGAUGAACUGCGCCCUGCAAGACUGUUCCAGCUCUGAAGAGUACACUGUUGCUGCGGCACUGUUACCCCUGACAACAGCCUUUUACCGGAAACUGGCUGCAGGAGUCAACCAGUUUGCCUACACCUGUGUGCAGGACCACCCUAUCUGGACCAACCAGCAGUUUUGGGAGACAACAUUCUAUAGUGAAGUACAGAACCAGAUCAGGUCCCUGUACCUCAACACACCCGAGGAGAAGCCAGGGAUCACAGCCAUGUUGAAGGAGCGGGGUCCCCCCACCCAAGGCCCCUCGGACCCGGAGCGCACGGCCAUGAGCCUGGCAGCGGAGCAGCUGCGGGUGUGGCCCAACUUGGGAAAAGAGAAGCAGCUGGAGCUGGUGAAGAACGAGGAGAGCACGGUGUUCAGCCAGGCCAUCCACUACGCCAGCCUCAUGGUCUACCUGCUGGUGCCCCUGGACAGCAGCAAGAACAAGCUGCUCCGCCCCACCCCCGCCGCAGACUGGGAGAGCGGCAGCAACAGCAUCGUCACCAACAGCAUUGCAGGCAGCGUGGCCGAGAGCUUCGACACGGAGAGUGGCUUUGAGGACUCUGAGAACAGCGACAUCGCCAACUCAGUGGCCAGGUUCAUCGCCCGCUUCAUAGACAAGGUCUGCACAGAGAGCGGGGUCACUCAGGAGCACAUCAAAAACCUGCACAGCAUGAUUCCGGGAAUCGUUGCCAUGCAGAUGGAGACCUUGGAGUCAGUGCACCGGGAGAGCCGACGGCUCCCACCCAUUCAGAAGGCCAAGAUCCUGAGGCCCCUGCUGCUCCCGGGGGAGGAGUUUGUGUCUGAGGGUCUGCGCGUGGUCUUGGACCCCGAUGGGCGCGAGGAGGCCACGGGGGGGCUUCUUGGUGGGCCACACAUCCUGCCAGCAGAGGGAGCUCUCUUCCUUACCACCUACCGAAUCAUCUUCAAGGGCACCCCACACGACCCCUUGGUGGGUGAACAGCCAGUGAUCCGCAGUUUCCCGGUCUCCACUCUGACCAAGGAGAAGAAGAUCAACAUUCAGAACCAGCUCCAGCAGAACAUGCAGGAGGGCCUCCAGAUGAGGUCUGCCUCCUUCCAGCUGAUCAAAGUUGCCUUUGAUGAAGAGGUCAGUUCAGAGAUGGUGGAGAUUUUCAAAAAGCACCUUCAGAGGCUGCGCUAUCCCCAGUCCAUCUUCAGCAUGUUUGCCUUUGCAGCGGGACAGGCCGUCCCCCAGCUCGCACUCCCAAAACAGAAAGAGCGGAACACUGGGUUUCGCACCCUUUCUAAGACCCUGGUGAAAGGAGCAAAGAAAGCUGGGAAGAUAACAAUUGGCCGCCAGAACACGGCAAAAAAAAAUGAGAAGCGUAUGACCUGGAACGAGGAUGAUGACAUCUCUGUGUCGGAUGAUGGGGAGCAGCCGACCAGCAGCACCCUUAGGACCUCGGAGAAGUCCACCAUGGAGCAGCUGGUAGAACGAGCCUGUUUCCGCGACUACCAGCGCCUGGGCCUCGGCACCAUCACCGCCAGUUCCUCACGCUCCAAGAACGGCGAGCAGUUUCGAGUCACUGCUGUCAACCGACUGUACUCACUCUGCCGCAGUUACCCUGGGCUGCUGGUGGUGCCUCAGUCAGUUCAGGACAGCAGCCUGCAGAAGGUGGCACGCUGUUACCGACACAACCGCCUGCCCGUGGUGUGCUGGAGACACGCCCGCACCAAGGCCGUGCUGAUCCGUGCUGGUGGUUUUCAUGGCAAGGGCGUGGUUGGGCUCUUCAAAUCUCAGAAUCCCUCCUCUACUACUCCUGCAUCAUCCUCUGAGUCCUCCAGCAGUCUAGAGCAGGAGAAGUACCUUCGGGCCAUACUGAGUGCAAUUCCCAUCUACUUCAAAAUGAACGGCAGUAACACCCUCACAAACCGCUCUCUCAUUGGCUUGUCCCCAGGCAGUGAGAGGCGAACACCAAGGGUACCAAAGAUGGCUCCCGUCCACUUGGAUGUCCCCUUCUCCAACAGCUUUGCUAGAGGAGUGCUUGAGUACAGGGAUAAACUAUUCACUCACUCAAACCAAAAACCCACUGCUAAGGGGAGAGUCAACAGUCAAGGUGUGUGGGCAAGCUUGCGCUCCAGCAGUCGUUUCAGUCACCAUCCCACGGCUGCAGAGGUCGGCGCUCGGAUGGCUGGGAAGGACCUGGCGCCCCCUGCAGGCAGCGAGAGCCUGCAGGCCCAGCUGCAGAAACAGCAGGCCGCCUUCUACAUAUUCGGGGAGAAAUCCCACCUCAGGGGCUUCAAACUGGACGCAGCUCUCAACUGUGAGCUGGUGCCAGUAGACUUUGCCGACACACGGCAGGUAAAGAACGCAUUCAAGAAGCUGUUGCGGGCGUGUGUGCCGAGCUCCAGUCCACAGGACACCGAGGACACCUUCCUCAAGGCCCUGGAGGAGUCCGAGUGGAUCCUACAGCUUCACAAGAUCCUGCAACUGGCUCUGCUACUGGUGGAGCUGCUAGACAGUGGAUCCUCUGUGCUCCUCAGCCUGGAGGACGGCUGGGACGUCACUCCCCAGGUGGUGUCUCUGGUGCAGCUGCUGAGCGACCCCUUCUACAGGACCCUGGAGGGCUUCCAGGUGCUGCUGGAGAAGGAGUGGCUGUCCUUCGGCCACAAGUUCAGCCAGCGCAGCGCCCUGACGCCCAGCAGCCAGGGCAGCGGCUUCACGCCCAUCUUCCUGCAGUUCCUGGACUGCGUGCACCAGAUACACAAUCAGUAUCCCAUGGAGUUUGAGUUCAACCAGCAUUACCUGAAGUUCUUGGCCUACCACUACGUUUCAAACCGCUUCAAGAACUUCCUCCUGGACUCGGACUACGAGCGGCUUGAGCACGGGACAUUGUUUGAUGACAAGUUAGACAAACAGGCCAAGAAAGGGAUCUGCAUCUGGGAGUAUAUUAUCAGACUGCACCGGAGAAGCCCCCUCUUUUAUAACUACCUGUACAGUCCUUCUGAGUCUGAGCCGGUACUGAAACCUUGUGUCAGCGUGUCCAGUCUGUGUAAGUGGGACUACUUCACUGGGGAGACUUUGUCCACGGGUCCGACCUACGACUGGAGGAUGGUGGCAGGGAAGACAGAGGGCACCGAGGAGUCGGACACCAUCGCCGCCAGCAAGCGCAGGAUUGUGUGGCCCUGCUACAGCAGCGUGGGCCGCGCCCAGCCCGACGCCAUCACCAAGCUGCUGGCCGAAAUGGAGCGGCUAGAAGGGGAGCUGAAUCAGAGCCCUGAGCGCUGGCAGGUCACACUAGAGAGGGUGAAGGUCAGCAUCAAGGAGGAUCUCAAGCAGGAGGGCAAUCUCCGUAAGCAGUCCGUGUCCAUCUCUGGCCUGAUCCCCACCUCCAGCCUGCAGGCCUACCAGCGCCGCUCCAUGCUGCACCUGCCGGACAGCGGCCUGGGUGAGGACAGCAGCCCCACCGCCUCCAACGGCGUCAACAGGAGAGCCGCCACACUCUACAACCAGUUCACCCCCAAGAACGAGGAGAACAGGUCAUAUGAGGGUGUCCUGUUCAAACGGGGAGCAUUGCUUAAAGCAUGGAAGCCUCGAUGGUUUGUUUUAGACAUCACCAAACACCAGCUGAGGUAUUACGAUACGGGUGAAGAUACCAACUGCAAGGGUCACAUUGACUUGGCAGAUGUGGAGUCUGUCUUGCUUGCUGCCCCCACAAUAGGAGCACCCAAACACAUCAGUGAGAAGGCCUUUUUCGACCUCAAGACGACCAAACGCGUGUACAACUUCUGCGCUUCAGAUGCUCCCAGCGCCCAGCAGUGGAUGGACAAGAUCCAGAGCUGCAUCUCCGAUGCGUGACCGCACCCCGACCACACCCUGACCGCACCCCGACCGUGCCCCAUCCGCACCUCGACCGCACCCCGGCCGCGCCCCAGCCCCAGACCGGAUAUGGCAUGGUGUCAGACAGGUCUUCCACACCAUGCCCUGGAGAUCCCCACCCCCCCCAUGCUUCCACUCCAGGGCCUGUACCCACUCAGAGAACUUGAGCUUAACUCCCAGCAGGGUUGACACAACACUCGUUUAUCUCAUUUUAAAAUCAAAUUUUACUCUUGUGACACCGUUUGCCAUUAAAACUGUGGAUUUAAAUGUAAAGUUAGAAAAAUAGACUAUUUAAUUGUUUGAGGAAAAGACCAAUUUAAGUAUGCAUUGCUGCUUAUAAAUUACAGAAGUGUGAACAUCCAAAAACUGUUGAAGCUUGUCAGAAAUGCACUAAGGAACAAGGCAAUUUAUUUGCACUUAAGCCUAUAAUAAGCAUUCCAUAUAACUUAAAUACACCAGCCAGGCAAAAAGCUGUUACUUUAUAAAUAUGUACAUAUGACCUGAGCGGUUUUCCUUCAUAAAUAAAAAAGAAAUUGCACUCCAAAAGCUCUGAAUAUUUCCUGACAUUUUGAACCUCUCUAACAAAUUUUUUUCUUUUAUAUUUAAACAUGCAUUUGUGAAAGGUUUGUGGUUAACAUUUGUCUUGUCCUUGUUGUGUAAAUUAAGGUAAUAUUAAAUAUGUAACUUGUAUUUGUCAAAGCAUGGUCAACUAUUUGUUGGAUUACAUAUGUAAAUAUCUCAUUCUGUGCCAUUUUAUACUUUUUUAUACAUUUGUAUUGAACAUCUUGUUUUUAUCAAACAAAAUUAAACAUAAGUACAUUUUUUGCUAUUUUUAUUCUCUUAUUUUAUGUCCUGACAUUAUGGACGCAGUGAUUUCUGUUUGUGCUGAGGCUGAGCUCUAAUGUUUAGUAUGAAGAGGAGUAGACUCACGCAUUGAAGGCCCGUUCUUUGAGAAAUUGCUCCUCUGCUGUAAGUUGACACUGGUUUGAAGAGGCGGUGGAGAAAAAAACUGCCAUCUGAAAGUUGUAUUAGAGACUUGUUACUUUUAUAAAAAUGGACCUAAUAUCAAUCUGAAAUAAAUGGAGUACUUGAAGAUUAUUCCAGCCUAUAAAAUGACAUUUACCUGUAAAUUGAAGAAUCCGUGUCAUUGGUUGGGAAAAACAAAACAAUGUGCAAAAUGAGACAGUGUUUGUCUUAUGUCAAGUCAAUGGUGUGGACCUUGUCUACUAUUGUAUCGUGUGAUGACUCAAGGAUAUCUGUUCUGUUCACCAAUCUGGUGAGGAAAUCUUGAGAUAUGUUAAUUAAACAAUCGUUCUGCCCCAUUCCUCUUC